ACAGCAUGCUCAGACACGUCCCCACUUGUGCUGAGCGCAACACGCCCACGCAGAAACGAGCCUGCACACAAUCAGGAAUCAAAACACCUGGACUUGACGAGAGGGAGCGACACAAAAGACCAGUGAAGCCAAGAGACCUUCGCCAGAACGUAGCCAAUCUCCCUUGAUGUUUUCUGUGAUCGUGUCCUGCCUCACGACCUCCUCCUGGAUCUUUGCUUGCCCUCCCCGAUCCUUGACCACUGCUUGGAACCGGACAUCGUUGCCUCUCCCCAGCCCCCGACCGCUUGCCUCACUGUUGACUGCCUCUUUGCCUUCCUCCUUGGAUUCGACGAAAGAUACAUCCAACACGCAAAGACAACACCCUCUGAAUACAAUGAUUUGCAAAUCAUUGCGGGGGCCGUCUACGGAGCAGACGCCAGCGGUGUGAUCGGAAACGCGGAUGUCGAGCGGGGCUAAAAACAAAGCAGAAGGCUAAUCCCCACAGAACACCACUUCCCUCCAUCAUGAAGACGGAUUUAAAUGAAAGAUGCGAGACUACUGGUCUGGGUAAGGAGUCAGUUAAAUUAGAACACGUUUUUUCUGCUUUGAGUGUUUCAAUGUUGGACAUGUGUUUUACUGAGGUGACUAACUAUGAUGCGUGCAGUUUAUCAAAGCAACAAACAAACAAUCGGAAAAUCCCCGUUACUGAGGUGGCUAACCAUGAUGCGUGCAGUUUAUCAAAACAACAAUCAAACAAUCGGAAAAUUCCUGUCGUAUCAAUUCCUAGAUAUGGUCGUAACUAUACUAAAUGCACUGGGCGUAAUAAACACAACAUUAUUAAUAUUGCUACUACGGAUAAUUUGAUCAAAAAAUCCCUAAAACAGCCCACUACUUAUAAUAUAGGUUUUUUAAACAUAAGAUCAUUGUCUCCCAAAACGUUGUUAGUUAAUGAUAUUAUCAGAGACAACAAUCUUAACGUCAUCGGUCUCAGCGAAACCUGGCUUAAACCAAACGACUUUUUUGCGCUAAAUGAGGCAUGUCCUCCUAACUUUACACAUGCGCAUAUUGCCCGUCCGCUUAAAAGGGGUGGGGGGGUCGCACUAAUAUACAACGAAAACUCUAACCUUAGUCCUAACAUAAAUAAUAAAUAUAAAUCGUUUGAGGUGCUUACUAUGAGGUCUGUCACACCGCUGCCUCUACACCUGGCUGUUAUCUACCGCCCCCCAGGGCCCUAUUCGGACUUUAUCAAUGAAUUCUCAGAGUUCGUUGCUGAUCUAGUGACACACGCCGAUAAUAUAAUCAUAAUGGUGGACUUUAAUAUCCAUAUGAAUACCCCAUCGGACCCACCGUGCGUAGCGCUCCAGACUGUAAUUGAUAGCUGUGGUCUCACACAAAUAAUAAAUGAACCCACGCAUCGCAACGGAUAGACCUAGUGCUUGUCAGGGGUAUCACCGUUUCCAAAGUUACGAUACUCCCGUAUACUAAAGUAUUGUCCGAUCAUUACCUUAUAAAAUUCGAGGUUCAGACGCAUGUUCGUCAAACUAAUAAUAAUAAUAACUGCUAUAGCAGCCGCAACAUUAAUACAGCCACAACUCUUGCUGACCUACUGCCCUCGGUAAUGGCACCAUUCCCAAAGUAUGUGGGCUCUAUUGAUAACCUCACUAACAACUUUAACGACGCCCUGUGCGAAACCAUUGAUAACAUAGCACCGCUAAAGUUAAAAAAGGCUCUAAAAAAGCGCACCCCGUGGUUUACAGAAGAAACUAGAGCUCAGAAAUUAUUAUGUAGAAAGCUGGAACGCAAAUGGCGCACGACUAAACUUGAGGUGCACCAUCAAGCAUGGAGUGAUGGUUUAAUAACUUAUAAACGCAUGCUUACCUUAGCUAAAGCUAAAUAUUACUCAAAUCUCAUCCACCGUAAUAAAAACGAUCCUAAAUUUUUGUUUAGUACGGUAGCAUCGCUAACCCAACAAGGGACCCCUUCCAGUAGCUCAACCCACUCAGCUGAUGACUUUAUGCAAUUCUUUAGUAAGAAAAUUGAAGUCAUUAGAAAGGAGAUUAAAGACAAUGCGUCCCAGCUACAACGGGGUUCUAUUAACACUGAUACGAUGGUAUAUACGGCGGAUACUGCCCUCCAAAAUAGUUUCUCUCGUUUUGAGGAAAUAACAUUAGAGGAAUUGUUACAACGUGUAAAUGGAAUAAAAAAGACAACAUGUUUACUUGACCCUCUUCCUGGGAAACUGAUCAAGGAGCUCUUUGUAUUAUUAGGUCCAUCAGUGCUAAAUAUUAUAAACUUAUCACUCUCCUCGGGCACUGUUCCCCUAGCAUUCAAAAAAGCGGUUAUUCA